AGCUCCAUCACCGAGUUCCUGCUCCUGGCAUUCGCAGACACGCGGGAGCUGCAGCUCCUGCACUUUGGGCUCUUCCUGGGCAUCUACCUGGCUGCCCUCCUGGGCAACGGCCUCAUCCUCACCGCCGUAGCCUGCGACCACCGCCUCCACACCCCCAUGUACUUCUUCCUCCUCAACCUCGCCCUCCUCGACCUGGGCUUCAUCUCCACCACUGUCCCCAAAGCCAUGGCCAAUUCCCUGUGGGACACCAGGGCCAUUUCCUACGCAGGAUGUGCUGCCCAGCUCUUUCUCUUUCUCUUCUUCACUGGAGGGGAAUGUUACCUUCUCACCAUCAUGGCUUAUGACCGCUAUGUGGCCAUCUGCAAGCUGCUGUACUAUGGGACCCUCCUGGGCAGCAGAGCCUGUGCCACCAUGGCAGCAGCUGCCUGGGGCAGUGGGGUUCUCAAUGCUCUCCUGCACACUUCCAGUACAUUUUCUCUUCCUCUCUGUCAUGGCAAUGCUGUGGACCAAUUUUUCUGUGAAAUCCCCCAGAUCCUCAAGCUCUCCUGCUCAGACUCCUACCUCAGAGAAGUCAGGCUUGUUGUGGUUAGUGCCUCUUUUGCUUUGUCAUGUUUUGUUUUCAUUGUGCUGUCCUAUGUGCAGAUCUUCAGGGCUGUGCUGCGGAUCCCCUCUCAGCAGGGCCAGCACAAAGCCUUUUCCACGUACCUCCCUCACCUGGUUGUUGUCUCCCUCUUUAUCAGUAGUGUUGUGUUUGCAAACCUGAAGCCCCCCUCCAUUUCCUCCCCAUCCCUGGAUCUGGUGGUGUCAUUUCUGCACUCGGUGGUGCCUCCAGCACUGAACCCCCUCAUCUACAGCAUGAGGAACCAGGAGAUCAAGGAUGCCAUUAGGAAAGUAAUGCCAUAG